GCUCCUCGAUAAGAUCAAAGACACAUGAAAGGAUAAGCAUGAAAGGAAAGAAGAUCUUAGCGUCAGACUAUCAGCGAAACUACCUACCUCACCAUCUCCCACUUUCUCACACCCGUCUCCUGAUUUGACAUGAUGUGAUAUGAUGCGAUGCAAUGUGAUUGGAUAGGAUAGGAUAGGCCAAUCUCAGAUCACAUGAACGAAGGAAGGGAAAAUGAAAUGAAAAGAUUUUUGUUGCGUAUCUGAAGUAGGAGGAACCUGGUCCAGCUGAAGUGGAGUGAGUUCUGGGAGGCGGGAUGGGGGACUGGACCGGGGUGUUUACGUACAUGAUGUGUGUGAUUUUUCUUUUCGAUUAUGGUUAGUGGAUGAUGUGUCUUGUUGCUGAGUACUUAUUUGUUUGUUGGUCGUCGCUGCGGAUUGGAGAAGUGGUUAGAUGGAUGACUUUCUUCUUGGAAUCGAAUCUGAUUGAAUGAUCGAAGGUGAGGAGAUUGGAAUUCGCGCGGGGGUUUGGUAUUGAUGGUAGUUCUAUCGUUUUUGUUGCGAGAAGGGAUAAGAGUCGUACGAUAUCGAGAAUUCCUGCAAGACGGGGGUCUUGGAGAUGUGGUCAAAAUGCUGACAAUGUUGGCGGGCUGCUCUUUGUCCAUUUGAUUUUGUGGUAGAGUCUGGGCAAAGUUGCAUCUUACUUUUUGUUCUACAUCCCGAUUGUUUCUUGGUACUGCUUUGUACACACUUGUGCUACUUCGCAUUUUAAUGGUUUCUAUUCCUAGGGAGAAGUUACACAAGCCAUGCUAGCUGAGUAGUCUGCGGCGUUCGAUUGGCAAGACGAAGCUGCGGAUUGAUGAAUCAGAUGGGUGCAUCUGGACCGAACAUGAAUUGGAGAGCUCUUUCAUCUAUUCUUACCAUUCGAUAAAACUCUCUUUCAAAUCCCUUCUCUUUGGAAUUUUAUUUGGAAUUUACCCCGCGUUUACCCCUCAUUGUGUCUUUUAUGGCACAAUCUCAUCUUCUAGAUAUUGUUGUUAUUUCCCUACCUAAUAUGUUUCUCGACAUAGAAAGAGAGCCGGUACUUUCUGUCAUUCAUAAUUCCCUUCAAUCCACAAGUUAAUGCGACUCACAACUCCCAAAUAAUUCAAACCUCACAACCCAUCAUCAAAAUGACAUCUCUCAAACCUCGCACUAUAAUAAUAAUCGGCGCCGGCCCCCUCAUGUCCCGCAGUCUCUCUCUCUACCUCGCUUCUCACAAUUGGCAAAUCAUUCUCAUCUCUCGCAAUCACUCCUCUCUUCUCUCUCUCGCCUCAGAAAUCAAUGAUCUCAACCCCAAAGCGCCCAAAGUCCUCGUCCACCCAGGCGAUGCUAGUAUCCCAUCUUCUCUCCACAAAGCUCUAGAUUGGGCUGCCGAACAAGUGGGUGGAAAAGUAGAUGUUCUUUGCUAUAAUGCUGCACACGUGGCUCCGAGUCCUAUUUUGGAAUUAAAACCGGAGGUUUUGACGCAGGAUUUCAACAUUACAGCGAUGGGGACUUUGGUUGCUGGACAAUGGUAUAUGAGUCACGCCAACACCUCCCAUAUUCCCCAAGGCGAACAUCCUCUUUUCCUCGUUCCCGGUGGCCUACUUGAUAAAUACCCAGAUCCUAACAUCUCCGCUCUUUGCGCCACCAAAAGCGCAAGCCAAUGUCUUGUUAAAAUGUUUCAACAAGUUAUGGCGCCAAAGGGAAUCCUAGUCGGCGCACCAAUUGUAGGAGGAGAAGUGGUAAAAGAGGGGAAGAUGUCUCCAGAUCGUAUUGUGGAUGGUGUUUUUAGGCCAUUUUUUGAGGAGAGAGAACGGUAUGGAGGGAAUGAGGGAAAGUGGGUGUUGGAAAGAAUUUGGUUGCCGGAGGGGGGAUAUGGAAGUACAGGGACAGGUGGAAUUGGAGGGAAUGAGAGUGGGAAGUAAGGAUUGUGCUAAUAGGUUGACGGAAGUU